CCUUCAAGCGGUGGAACGCCUUUUAGCGUGGUUUUAGCGCGGUUUUCCCAAAAGACCUUUUACAAUUUGCUACAUAACUUAUCACCCUCUGCUUUGAAAGAAAAGCUUAUAUAGUAAUAGUUGUUAGUUCAACGUUAAACUAUUAGUAUAUGUAUUUUGUUUAUAGAUACUUCUUUAGUUACGUUCGAUGCACUCUUUUUUUGUUUUCACGCUAAAAGGCGUUACCGAACCACCGCUUGAAGGGAUACUGCCUCCAGCCUCGGCCUGUGCAGCUACAUCGCAGCAUCUGAGCCACUCACGCCUAUACUCAAUUCUCUAUGUGUUGACUUUGCGCGCUUCUCGAAGUUGUCACUCCAAAUAUCUUGCAGAUUCCUCCCAACGUCAUCUAGACCAUCGCGAACAUGGCUACCAGUGCCCCAACUAUCCUCAACCUCAAGACCUCCUUCCUCCGCGCCCAAAUUCUGGCGCUGUCUCACCCAUUACGUCCAUCCGCGACAUUCACAGCUUCGAACACCUCCAACGAGGAGAACGUCCUUCGCCAGAAAGCCAUCGACGACGCGCUUAUCAAACUAAACAAUCAGCUGAAGCAGCACAACAAGUUAUCGUAUGGCCCGCAGGUGCAGAGACAUGUUGCAGAGCAGGUGGAUAAGUUGUAUUGGAAUGCCGGAGAAAGGGGAGUGAGACCCUUGGGAUUGCAGGAUCAGUGGGUUGAACGGGGCUCAGAUUACAGUGUGUAUCCAAAUGGGCGACUUGUGGAUGUGAGACUGAUUCCAGUUAUAGCGAACGAAAGUGUGAUUGAGCAGCUACCAGACUCAUGGAGCGAGCAUGCAACAGCCACUAUCCCCGAGCAAGCAGCCAAGUUCACAGAACUCUCACAGAAACUCACGACAUUAAAUGAGCACCGUCGAAUGGCGAAGGAGAAAGUUGAGAGGUAUAAGCAAUUUAAGGAGAUGGUAGGCUUAUUUGCGGAAGAUACUGGCGUUCAGGAUAACCUGGUGACGCGAAAUGGAGAGGUGGAGCUUGAAUUGGAAAAAAUGAGGAGGUUGAUGUUAAGGGUUGAGAGGGGAGUUGGCGCAUUGGAGGAAAGGGGGCAAGGAGAGGAGGAGAUGGAUGUUGUUAUUGAGGGUGACGUUGAGGAAGAGGGCAAACUAUUGGCUCUGUUGAGCGGAGAUGGUUAGCAACUGUACCCGAAUGUAUGUGGACAUUAUUGCUGUGCAACUCGUUGAGUCCGAGGAGGGCCGGCUUUGGAUCCCAGAAAAACUUGCUAUGCUAUCCUCUAGUGAAAAUAUGUCGUUCCAAGCUCCAAGGGUCUGCUGUUUAACAUAAAGUAUCACACGAAAGUUCAUGUAGGAUUACGAAAGUUAUGGACAGGGUCACGUCUCAAUUAAAGGAUCUUGUCAUUUUGAAAGGAAGUUCUUUAUGCAAGCUUUGCGUGCUGUAUAGUG